UCGAUUCCAGUUCGCGUGCACCAGCGGCCGAGCGCGGUCAAAACUUAUCGCUCCUCGGCACUCGCGCUGAUAAGCCGGCAUUCGGCAAUUCAAUUUCACUCGACUCGCUCGAGUUUCCCGGACUACAUUUACCAAUUUGAAUUUCGUAUUCGUGCGCGCCAUACUCGAAACUGUCGGGUAUUUUUUUCGAAUUAUACUUUUAAAUAGUGACGGAUGAGUGAGUUUUCGUUGUCUAAGCUGUGGGUGCGCGAGGAAGCUAUGGAGAGCUGCUAUAAGCUAUACACAUGGAUCAACCACACGUUGCUGAUGCUGCUGAUCCAGAUCUUCUGGAAGAUGAGCCAGAUAUCGGACUAUUUCAAAGAAAAGUCCGUAGAAGACUCGAAGAAAGAAACAAUAUUCACAGUCGCACCUCUCACAAAGGAGUCCAAAUUCAGACGGCACAUAAGGUCCAUGUCGGACGUCCAGAGCAGCACACCCUACAAACUAGCCUUCAGAUCAAGACAGGGCAGCACACACACGCUCAUGUACGACUCAGACACGAGAGCGAGACGGAUCCGGUCCUACAACCUCCACAAACAACAGGAGUCCUCAGAUUCCAGCGACUACGUGGAACCGAGGAAACUCCGAAGCAUAGAACACAACAUUCUUAAGCACACAGAUUCCAUGAGAAUCCUAUAGGAUCUGAUUUAUUUUAUUUUGAGGCUGUACCGUCUAGUUAUACUAGAUCGGGAUCAUGUCGGACUCACUGUGUUCUAUAGGACCGGAUAGUGUGCACAAAAUGAGGGAGGCGCCGGCGUGAUUCUAUGGAAUAGACUUUUGUGAUUCCUUUUAUGAGACUGUGAUGAGGUAGAAUAUUUAGUUUUUAGUUAAGUCAGUAAGGAUAAGUAUUCUAAUAGAAUACCAAUGAUGUGAUUUAGGGAGUAUGAUAGUGAUACCAUUUUUUUAAUGAUGAUAAUUAUGUUUAAGGUUUGUGUUAAAAAAUGACUAAUGUAGAUUUGAACAGUUCCACACAAAAGAGAAUAUACCUGAUUUUUAAUCCCCUUAAAAAUUUGAAGAUUGAGUGAAGAAGAAUUUAGUUAAGUUUAGUAUACUUCCUAAAGGAUUUAACUUCGUGAUUACAGUUCCAAUUUAAACCACAUUUAGAAAGUUCAAACGGAGCUUUAGAUAUUUGUGCCAUGAUGUAGGUAUUUUAAUAAUUUUCAAAAUAUUUUAUGUAUGUUUUAAUAAUUCUGUUCUUUUUUGAUAAACUUUGUGUUACUUAGAUACAGUUUACUUUUUAAUGCUGCCUUAAUAUUUUUACAUGCCAAAAAUAUGGUAUCCAUAAUUGGGUACAGUCAGCUGCAAAACAUGUAUUGCGAUUGAAAUAAUAUAUUCAGGCUUAAAAUAUAAAAAAAUGGAAGCGUAGGCUGCGUAGGUAACUAAUUAUUUGUAGCUUACUGUACCUACAAAUUUCUUGCAAUAUAAUUAUUUAAUUAGUGUUAACAGAACUGAUUUUCAUUAGUUCAUCAAUAACGAGACGAAUAUAAUAAAAGGAUGACUAUUGUUUUCUUAAGAUCUCUAAAUAUGUCUAGAUCAUUAAAUCUAUGUAAUUCAAAAGUUCUAAUCUAUUUUCUGUUUAAUUAUGUAGCUGCCUGCUUAUAACGAAAAGAUUAUUUAAGUACAUAGUGAUAGGUAGGUACUUAUCUAGGUAGGUUUAUUAAAUAUAAAGAUAGGAAAAAUUAUGACCGCGUGCCUUGUAGGAGACGAGUAAUAAUAAGUAAUAAACACUACCUACCUAUCUGUAUAAUUGUAAUAAGAGGUAACAUUAUGACGGAAUUGUAUUUUGUGAAGUUAAAAGUUUUAUUUGCGAGGAAAUAUUUGUAAAAAAAGAUAAUGAUAAUGUUUUGUCCUUCGUGAAUUAUAUCUGCGCCCCUACGUAAGUGAAACUUGUAAGUCUAAAAGACAUCACACACAAGCUGAUUUGAUUUUCAGCUUGUACUUAUGUGUGCCAUAUACGAGCCUAAUUUCAGCGCUAUAGAGGCCUGAAAUAGCGCUAAAGCUUAGAGUUAAAAUCCUAAACCUUUUAAGUUUUUUAAUACACUCUGGUUUGUACCUGCUGAAAUUGUGGAUUGAUUUUAGUUUUGGAUUUUAAUAUUUUACAUACAAUCACAAUUUUGGAACUUGAGAAAGAAAGAAGUACCUACCUUACUUAUUGUGUCAGAAUGUUUGAUUUUUUAUUUUAACUGUUGGAUUUGUAUACAUCUGAGCUUCUGAUUUUGGCCUAAUUCCUUUUAAUAAGGUUUACUUACAUAUGUAUUUUUUGAAGUUUAUUAAACCUAAAAAUAAGCAAACAUAUCAAAAAGGCAUAUCAGGUGGAGGCAGAUAUAAGAGAGAUUUGUAUACGAAAAUGAGCGUAAUGUUUCCUCUUAAAAGUUUGAUCUGAAAAGACCUAAGAUUGUAUUAAACCCAUGAAUUAGGUAGCAGCUACAGUUUCAGUUUUAAUUUGUUUAUUAAACGAUUAAAUUGAUCAACCGAUA